GGCGUGCUGUCCUCUCUUCGAAUCAGUUCUUGGUAAAACCAAACUUCGAUAAACCGUUGGGCAUAUGCGCGGAUGUGCGGAGACUUACAGUUAUUUUCGAAUUUUUCGAGGAACGGUGAAGGUCCGCGCUUGAAUCAGAUCCUAAGUGAGUGCCUCCGAAUAGGAUUCAUUGGAUGGCAAACUAACGUGCAGCCAGGAACUAUCGAUUCAGAUCCCACCUCUUCUGGGCACAAACUGGAAUGACAAAAGUCAGAGUCCAAUCACAACGAAGUACAAUUGGCAGAAUGGCAUCAACUAGUUGUUUUAUCGGCCUAGGCUGCUUCCUGGUCCUAAUUCAAGUUCUAGCUCCAGCAAAGGCUGCGGAGCACUCAGUGUUCACCCACAAAAACGCAUCAUCGGUCUUGGGUCAAUUGGUUACCUCGAGCACCCUAGUAUGGGAGAGCUAUGAACCCAAGGAUGCCACACAGCUGCAGUUCGCCGUUGAGGGCGGAAAGUACGUUACUGAGGAUGAGCAUUACCCCAUGUACGUAUGCCGUGUGCCAAUCGAUGGCAUCCAAGUGUCCGGCCACACCGAGAAAAUCCUUCAGAGACACGUCUGCCUUGCGGCCCACUAUAAGCACGGAAAGUACGACAACUUCGAUGUCCUGAUGAACAAGGGUCACCUGGGGAAGGUUGGCUGGCGUCAUUGGCGUAAGUUCGAUGCUGGUGUUCCCGUGGGUGCCAUACGCAUUGGAGAUGACUCUUACAUUGGGCGCCAUCGGGCCCCAAGUCAACCGAAUAAGGACGGCGUUGUCACCCACUGGGGCGCAGACUUCAAUCUGGGCCACUUGGAGCCGGUGGGUCUUGGAAAAAUCAGGGUCAUUGAAGCCGAACGUGAGAAGUACUACGACGAUGGCGAGGUUUUAGUCGAGACAGAGCCUUUCCGGUACGAGCUCAGGGACAUCAAACUGGAUCGCUUGCGCACUGAUAUUCAAGAGAACAUGACUGAACUGGUUACUAGGAGGCUGGAAAAUCUGGAAGAUAAAUAUAGCACUGUGGAGACCAUUCUAAGCUAUACCUUCAACUAUAAUCAGUAUUGGGGAUCCCAUGAGGGUGUUGCUCGAGGGCUGCCCACAAAAAUAUUCGAAAAAGAUGAAGCCAUCCCGGCUGAAAUCAAUUGGGCCUUAAAGCACACCGAGAAGCGAUCGGAAAACAAGGCAGUCCACACGAAACUCUGGCCCGGCACAGCAAUUAAUGUUACGCUACGUGGUAACUAUGUGACCCUGGAGGCGCCGUACAGUGGCAAGCUCUUUGCUUUCUAUUACGGAAGCGAAGAAAGCGUUUCCCGGAAGAUCAGCGCAGAGGUGCGUAAGAGCUACUUGAAGGAGGUAAAGCUGGAGUUUAGCCCCGUCUACUGGAUUGAGAACGGUACUCUGGUGCCCACAACGACCACCACAACGACCACGUCCACAUCGACCACGACACAUGCCACCACAACUAGCACCAAGGAGCCGACGCCCAUCAACGAGCCCCCGCUGGUCCAUAUGAAGGACAAUGGUGUGCAGCAUUCAGGUCCCGAUACGCUGGAGAAGACCUUGCACGACUCACCGUCCAGCAACGAAUUAAAUUCGCACGAGGCUCCAGAGAACAUGUCCUCCAACCCGGGCAAGGAUGUGGCACUGGCAGGAUUCGGAGUCAACGCAGCGGGGUCAACAUUUAUUGCGGGGUCGACUUCAUUGACGCUACUUUUAACACUUUUUUUGAGUCUGUAGAUGGAAUUGAGCUCUGGACUUAGUAUAGCGUUUAAUUGUUGUUGUUGUACCUGUUGUACCCGUCUUUGAGAGCGUCAGAGAGAUGAAAUAAGCAGAUAGACAUUGUAGGCAUAUAUAAACCCCAAGAAGCGGGAGAAUUGGUGUGAAAUUUGGUGUGAAAACGGAAAGCAAAAGUCGAUAUUUUUUAUACUUGUCCCAAGGCUUCUUCUAUAACACGCAUGCAAGCGAAAAGAAUUUAAAUGAUCACGAAAAUAAACGUAAUACAUUCCUAAACAGACCCCUUACAAGCGGAAAUAAAUCAAAAGUAUGAAUAAAAAUAAAUAUAUCCAUAUUUUUAUGUAGAAAUAUUUUACAAGUUUUAUUAUUUGCAAUGAUUUAAAUCGCUUCUCAUUUUUGUAGUUAGUAAGCAGCAUUAAUAGCAAGUAGAGAAAAUGCUAAACUAGAAUUGACAUUUGUUUAGGGAUGAUAUUAUAAAUCGCGCUCUCUAAAAUGAUGUACGUAUACAUGUAUGUCUAAUAUGUAAACCUAUGUAUAACAUAAGAACGAGUAUGUAUGCUAUUUUUUAAGUCAACCACUCCAAAUAUGUAAAAUAGAAACUUUUUAUUUGAACACCUUGAUUUUAAAUAUGAUUUGCGUUUAUUUAAGGCUAAUCUCUAUCAGAAUC